AUGUUGGAUUGCCUGAGUGCUCAGGCGUGCGUGUACUUGGCCAGUGCUUUGACGCUGCUUCGUGCCGUAGGAUGCUUGUGUGCAGUUGACGCACACCAGAACUUGAUCGUGGCUGGAACGCCCCUAGGGGCUCAUCUACAGGUGUUCGCGACAUGUUUAGCUUUGGCGGGAGUGCCUACCCUGAUUAUGGCGAACUUUGGCAUACACUGGCAUGUCGGCCUGUAUGUAAGACGGUUUGUGCAUUAUCUCGUCGGGUGCCUGACGUUUGAUGCGUUCAUCGCCAUCUUGUUGCCAAUGGGCAACAACAUGUGCUCCGCCCUCUCGAAUCCAUAUGUCUUGCAGUCAGGCCGCAUUUUUGUUUGUAGCUUCAUCAAUGCUGCCUAUGCAUUCUGGGCAGUUGUUUUCAUUCUGCUUGAAGUCCAGAUUGUACGAAAGGUGCACGAGCAAGCAUUGCUGGUGGAGCAGGGUGAGUUUGCGGAGUUGCUGCGCUACGAGAGAAAGCCGGCUGACAUCAACGUCUUUGCAGCUGGCUGA